AAAACAUUUUGCUGAUUCAAACAACAUAAUUUCAACAUGCUUUUCUUGUUGAGUCGUCCGUGUCGUUGAAACAGUUCGGUUGAAACACCAUAAGCUCGGCCAACGCAAUACUAUUACGGUGUAAAAAAUCUUCACCGGUCUGAAUGCAAGUGCGAUCGUCAAGAUGAAGCGAGCAACUUGUAGCCAAACGACGAGGAAACCCAAAAGGACCAAAUCGGACGAUGACGCCAAAGAUCCAAUUCAAGUAUACUGUCGCAUACGACCGCCGACCGCCUGCUUAGACAAUCCGUGCAUUACGGUGGUGUCGGAUACCGAUUUGCAAAUCAGUUGCCCACCCGACGACAGGGGCGUAUCCAGAGAAGGGCAGUUCAGUUAUAAAAAAAUAUUCACCGAAUACGAACCCCAAGAGAUGGUGUUCCAAGACUUGGCAUUACCGCUCAUCGAGCAACUGUUGUCCGGUAAAAGCGGUUUGCUGUUCGCCUACGGCAUAUCGGGCAGCGGUAAAUCCUAUACGAUGACUGGCAAUCAAGAUGACGGAGGUAUCGUUGGUCGGUGUUUCGACGUCAUAUUCAAUUCCAUUACAAAUUGCCAAGCCAGAAAGUUUACGUUCAAGCCGGACAAACUUAACGGUUACGAUGUACUGAGCCUGGAAGAAGCCAUGACGUGUCGUGCCGAAGAUUUUAAACACAAUGUAAAACACAUGAAGACGCCCAAAAAAAAAGAUGGAUCAGAUUCAGAUCGGGUGCCGUUUGAUUAUAGAAUCGUCGACAUUGACCAACACGUGGCGUAUUCUGUAUUUAUCAGUUACGUAGAAAUAUACCACAAUUACGUUUACGACCUUUUGGAAGACAUCACCGACGGGGAAAUUAAACGAAAUAGCAAAGUUAUCCGAGAAGAUUCAAACGGUAACAUGUACGUACACGGUGUUAAUGAAAAAGAAGCGACCAGUGCCGAAGAGGCCUUCUAUUGGUUGAAAAAAGGACAGUUAAACAAACGUACAGCUCCGACGUUUUUGAAUAUUGAUUCCAGUCGUAGUCAUACAGUGUUUACGUUACGCUUAGUACAAGCGCCUCUCGACGCCGAUGGUGUGAAUGUAAUUCAAGACAAAAAGUUUACUGUGGUCAGUCAAAUAUCAUUAGUUGAUUUGGCCGGCAGUGAAAGAGCCGGAAAAGCCAAAACAACCGGACAACGACUACAAGAAGCAGGUGAAAUAAACAAAUCGCUAUCGAAUCUUAAACUGUGCCUAAGGAUAUUGUACGAAAAUCAGUCUUCGAGCAAUUUAAAGAGCUUAGCCGAGAUAAUACCUUAUAGGAGUUCUAAGAUCACGCACUUGUUCAAGAGCUUUUUCGAAGGUUCUGGUUCGAUUAGAAUGUUGAUUUGUGUUAAUCCCAUGUCUGAACCGGCGGAACUUCUGCCUGUUCUACAGUUUGGAGAAAUGUCUGGAAACGUACAAGUGAAAAGAAUGACACCUUUACGAAUUGAUACGGGUUUGACGCCAGGCCGAAAGAAAAUUGUCGAUGUUCAGUCGUUGAACCGUAUACCGUGUGUUCUGGAAGAAGAUCCACCCGUUAACAGAAACAACGACAAUUUGAAAUAUGAUUACGACUUGAGUUUUAUGAAUUUAGGGCCUCCGUUACCUCAAAUGGAGUUCGAAGAGUUAUUAGUCGAAGAAAAGCGUCAAGAAAUGCUGAUUGCUGUGGAACAAAAAAUUAAAAUCAAAAAUGAAUUACGCGAUUUUUUAAUAAGCGAAAGCAAUGACAUAAGAUCAAAAAUUGUACACUUGGAAAGCAACUACACAGUUGCAUUACAAGACGUAAAGUCCAUACGAAUACUCAGGGAUCAAGAACAGAAUAAAAUAAAACAGUACAAAAACAAAGCAUUGUUAUUAGAAAAUGAACAGGGAUCUUUAAAAAGAAAAAUAGAGUUAUUGGAAAGUGAAAACAAAAGAUUGAAAUCUGGUAUAAGCGCCAAAGAAAAUAUGAUCAACGAAAUGGCGAGCGAUGCGGAUCAAUUAAAACAAAAAUACAACGCAAAAGUUAUCAAGAACAAAGAACGAUUGUCAAAAGACUUCAAAGAAAAAUGGAAAGCAAAAGAAAAUGAAUUUGAAGCCAAAUUACAAGAAAAGAAACGUAAACUUCGGCACAUCAAGAACAUUGCCGAGAGCACUGAAAGUAUUUCGAGCCAGGGCAGCACCCUUAAGCGAACGGUAUCCGACGAAAGUUUCAGCAAACCCAAUACUGGUUCAGUCGUCAACAAGCCUGUCGAAAACCCACCGAACAAGCCUUCGCAAGCACCGAACAUGCGACGUCUGCAUUCGAGGCGAUCGAAAUCUUGUGAUCCGCGAGAUCGUUGGAUAGAACACAAGCCGCCCGUACCGGUUCCGUUACAAACUGUAAUGCAACCCAAGAUGAGAAAACGUAAGUCCAUUACCAAACUGACCAAUGCCAAAACCGUAUCCAAAACCGACGCUUCCAAGUAUUGCCUACUCACCCAAGACAAAGACAGCGAUGGUGUUCCGGAGGCAAAACUGUACAAGGGGGAUAUCAUUCCAACAACCAGUGGAGGAGCUCAAGUGGUGUUCAACGACGUUGAAAAAUUACAGCAAGAUUGUCCGUUGGGUGGAUCGCCGGUAAAGAAACGCGUUCAAGCCUACAACGAAAGAAUCGAAGGUCACAUUCCAGACGAUCAACAAUCGAAAUGUUAUGGCAUACAAGGCUGUACGCCAAAUUCGAGAAAAUAACAAUUAUCCCAUAAGGAAGAAAAUAUUUCUUUAUAACCGUUAAGAAUUUUGUUGAUCUAGUUUUACAAAGACAAAUGUUAGAAAUUUUGUACCGUUAUUUGUAUAAGUUGUAUUUUUAGUAUUUAAAUGCAUGUUAUGUUUGAUUUUUCAAUUUGAAUUUUAAUAAUAAAAAGACAUUAUCAUUAUUUUACUUAAUCAGUUUAAGAAUAUCCAUAAGAUUUGAAUCAGAGUGUUAACAGUAUAGUUUACUUGUCUAUGAGCGUUAUGUUAUGUUAUAAGUGUUCUUCCGUCCACAUUAUUUUACUGAGCUAUUUUUUUUUUUCAAACAAGUAAUAGUAAAAAAAAAAAAAUGUUUGCUCCAAAAGUAUAAUUUUGUUUUUUUUUAUUGCAUGGAAACGCUUACUUUAACUAUUAUACAAUUGUUUUCUAGAAAUGUAUGUAUAUUUUAUAUGUGAAGUUUUUAAAGAAUGAGAUAUUAUAAUAUACAAUGU